CGUUUAUUAACUGCAGAUGAUGGAGCUAAUGUAUUCUCCUGAGACUGCAGACAGUUUGUUACUGCCUGACCCACCGUGUCCCUCUAUUCCCUCACUGGGAGAUGGUGAGUCUUACCACGUCUUCAUCAGCUACAGCAGCACCGACUCCCGGUGGACUCACUCCCUCAUCGACCAGCUGGAGUCCUGCGGCUUGCAGGUCUGCUACCACGACCGUGACUUCACUCCCGGCCGCACCGUGUUGGAAAACAUGUCCGACUGCAUCCAGGAGAGCCAGAAGGUCCUGCUGGUUCUCAGCCAGGAGUUUGUGAGGAGCCGCUGGUGUCUCCUGGAGGCCAACAUGUCUCUGUUCAGAGACUGCCUGGAGAGGAAGCCCAUCGUCCCGGUGCUGCUGGAGCCAGGAGUCUCUGUUCCUCUCCACCUCUGCCACCUCACCUACCUGGAGGCCGACGACCCGGACUUCAAGGACAAGCUGCUCAAGGUGCUGUGCACCCCCAACCAGCAGCUUCAAGGGUCCACUGUGGUGCCCUUCCAGCCUCCUUCUAUCUACAAUGGGAAGGCCCUGCAGCCUUUGAUUGCUGUCAAUGAAGAGGGACUCAACAAAUGGGAUUGUGGUCAGUUCAGUGACAUGGAGGUGCCGGACCAACUGCGUCUGAUCAUUCAGGACCCCGAGAACUACAGAAAGGCUGUGAGGAUGAUCAACAGUGUCUCUCAACAUAAAAUGCUCCCACUCUGGGUUAGAGUACUGAUGCUUGUUAUCACUAUAACAUUGAUGUUAUUCAUGACAUGUCUAUCCUCAUUAGCGAUAGUUUGGAUGAUACUUUCUUCAGGGAAAGAGGUGAACCCAAAUCUUAGGGCUUUCACUCCUGCUUGUCUCUUCUGUCUUUCAUUUGCAUUGUUUAUUGAGAUGGGUCUUUGGAAAACGGAACAAUUGAAGUACAUUGUGAAGGAACUGCAGAAAGCUGUUGGCCAGGCAAACAUAAUCCUCUCAGAGGAGAAGGUGUUGAUGGGCAGUUGUUCCAAUUCAAAAAUCUAUCUGGUCUACGUUAGUCUGGACGGUUGCAAACGAGAGUUUGCAGCAACAUUUUCUGAGCAGGGUUGUGAGGAGGAUAUGUUUCAGAGAGCCCUGGCUUUCUUCUCUUCAGGUUACGCCUGCUGCCUUGCUAAAAGGCACUUCCCCUUUCCUCAAACCAGCUCCACUGGUCACCUGGAGAGAGGGGUGUGUUUCUGUCAGUACGUCUCACAGCAGCUGAGAACAAAUCAAUGGGAAUAGCAGUCACAGUAUAGACCUGAAAUGGAACUAGUAACUCAGUGCUGGCAUUGGUUCAAGAUUUUUAUUAAAGUAUAUUGACAUUUACAUAUUAUGCUGAUUCCCAAGCAUUUAAUUCCGUUUAUGACGUACAUUUCCAUGUUUUCUCCCCAUCGUGUAUGACACAACACAGACACAUACAUGUGUACAUUAUCAUUUCAUACAAUAUAUUUUACCCAACAUUUUUUUGGGUAAAUCAUGCUGCUUCUCUUGUUAAGUACUUCAACAUAAUAGUUACCCAAGGCUCCAGGCUCGUGACUCUAUUGUUUAAAAUCUCCACGCUUCCUUCCAUUGUCUCAAACUAUAGAAAUCAACAAAAUAAGUUACCAUAAUCAUACAGAUUACAAUCUAAUUUAUAACCAUUUCACAAGGAUACUAUAAUCCCAUACGAGUACUGAGUAAGUGCAUUGAACAAAUGAACAUUUGGAUAUGCCAGAAUUGACACUGUCGAACUGCUCCCACAGCUUGGCCUUGAUCCAGGAACUUGGCGGUGGCCAGAAUAAAUAACUUUCUACUCAGCAACACU